UCAUCUAUCUACUACAGCUACAUCUAAUAUCCCUUUUACAAGAGAAUAAUAAUAAUACUAAUACUAAUAAUAAAAGGGAGUUUAAAUCCUCUCAUCUUUUUUUUUUACAUUUUAUCAUGCCACCACGCUUUCAACCAACACAAACAACGAAUCAAAGACCUUUACAUAAUGAGAUACUAACACUACAUAAAAUACUUGGCAAUGACAUUUUAGAACAAGCAGCCAGAAUCUUGGACCAUUUUGCAACCACAAAAGAAAAGUAAAAGCCUCAUUAAAGUUGAUGGACACUAACUCUAACAGUCAACUUCAAGCACCUUACUCUGAGACACCACCACAACUCACUCAUAAACUGGUGGAGAACUCUGAAGAGUUUGAGACUGUGUGUGAUCAAAUCUACUAUAUUCUGGAACAAUCCAAACGCGUCUUACAACUAGACUAUCAACAAAAGAUCAUUCAACAAAAAGAAUUGGAAAAUCAACAUCAAAUGGAAAAAAUGGACAACGAACCUCAUGAUCCCAUGCAAGUAGAUCAAGAGAUGGAAUUCGGUACCACUCAGCUCGAUCUAUCGAUGGAUGAUGAACAAGUAGACACUAACAAACAAAAGCCAGUGACGAUUGAUGAAGAAGAUAUGGAGGAAUUACUACAUAUUCAAAGAGAUCGUCUUGAUCGACUCAAGAAUGUGAUUGUGUUUGGUAUGGAUGCCGAUGCAGCCAAAGCCAAUGGAAGUGAUGAAAAAAUAGAAGAUUUAUUAUUCUAAAAACUACAAGGGUAUAAUAAUAAACUCAAAACUGUUUGCGAACAAACUGGAACAUAGGUCCAAUCAACUUUUCAGCAA